AUGUCUUCGGAGACUUUUGAAAAGGAGUACUUCAUCUCCGAGAAGUCGCCAUACCAUGGGGAGCACUUCAAGCUGAGGAAAGAAAGAACCCUUCGAACACUAGCUUUCAUACUACUGCUAAUAGCAGCUAUAAUCUGGGGUUCUGGCUUCUUGAUCAAUGCCGUUGACAAUUUUUCGGCGCAUAAUAGCGUCACCUUUAAUGAACUGAAGACUCCACAUUUUUUCGACUCACCGCCACUUCUCACUAAAGGGAACUCCCACGGCCAGACUGGCAAAAUCCCACUUACUUUGGAGCAUAUUAGAGAAGGCAAGUUCCGUCCACAAUUCAAAAACCUACAGUGGAUUCUGGCUCCGGAGUCCGCCACCCACGACCAGGGUACAUACUUGCUCGAAGACAAGCAAGGAGAUAAUACUACCUACGUUGUGAAAAGCAUCUUGGAUUCAGACUUCCAUUAUGUUCUCCAUGAGGGUAGCUCGUUCACUUACAAUGGUGAGACGUAUGACAUCGAUGCAUUGGUGGCUUCUCCAGACCUCACAAGAGCUGUUCUCAAAACCGAGACGAUUAAAAGCUGGAGACACUCAUCUUUUGCUAUCUACUGGGUGCUCGAUGUCAAGACUCAGUCUAUAUCGCCGUUGUUCAACACGGAGGACAGGGUAGCUGUCACUUCGUGGGCGCCUACUUCCGACAAAAUUGCAUUCAUUUAUGAGAACAAUGUCUUCAUCAAGGACCUCAUUCAGGGAGACAUCAUACAAGUUACUUACGACGGAGGUGAACAGACCUUCUACGGAAAGCCUGACUGGGUCUAUGAAGAAGAAGUUUUCGCAUCAGACAUCGUAUUGUGGUGGUCCCCUCAAGGUGACAAGUUGGGCUUCUUGAAGUUCAAUGACAGUGAAGUUCCUGACUUCCCCAUUCCCUACUAUGUUCAAGAUGGGUUUGAGGAAUAUCCAGAGCUUGUCAACAUCAAGUACCCCAAGCCGGGCUAUCCUAAUCCAAAGGUUGAUUUGGUUCUCUACAACCUUGAAGCUCGGGCUGAAUUUGCGCCCGAGAAGGCAAGGAUUGCCGAGCUUAACACUUCCUUUGACGACAAACUCAUAACUGAGGUUUUGUGGGUCUCUGACGACUAUCUUUUGGUCAAGACUAGCAACAGGGCAAGUGACGAGUUGGAGGUAUUUUUGGUGAACACUGACGAUUCGAAGGGAGAGCUUGUUAGAAAGCAUCAUGCCAAGGACUCUUGGUUCGAAGUCACUUCAAAUGCUAUCUAUGUCCCUCGCAAUGAGUCUGCCGGUAUCAAACAUGAUGGUUAUAUUGAUCUCAUUGUGCAUGAGGGCUACAAUCACUUGGCCUACUUUUCUCCACCUGAAUCUUCCGAAGGCAAGCUACUUACAAGCGGACAAUGGGAGGUCUUGACCAAUGUUUUCGACUUCCUGAACAACGAGAUUUACUUCCUGGCCACCAAGAAGUCUUCGGUUGAGAGGCACAUCUAUUCCGUCAGUCUCACCGAUGCCAUCCACUCGCAAAAACAACCUAGCAUCAAGAAUGUCACUGAUGUUAGUGCUGAAGGCUGGUUUGGUGCCUCCUUCUCAUCUGGUGCCAGAUUUGCCUUAGUCUCCAACCAGGGUCCAUCCGUUCCUUAUCAAAACUUAAUUGACCUUCACUCCAAAGAGACAGUACAAGAGAUUGAAAACAACCAUGAAAUCUCGGUGAAUCUCGAGGCAUAUGACGUUCCGCAAACAACGUAUUUCCUGGUUAACUUGGGUAUUGACGAGGUCACUGGUGGGGAUAUUUUGGCCAAUGCAAAGGAAACAAAACCACGCCAGUUCGAUCCUUCUAAAAAGUACCCAGUGUUGUUUUUCGUUUACGGUGGGCCUGGCUCGCAGACUGUGACCAAGACCUUCGACGUCGGCUUCAGCGAAGCUAUUGCCUCUGAACUCGAUGCUGUUGUGGUGACGGUCGAUGGAAGAGGCACUGGUUACAACACUAACAAUUCCAAAUUGGGCUCUAGAUUCAAAUUUAUUGUGCGUGAUAGAUUGGGUCAUUACGAGCCAAUUGAUCAGAUUGCUGCAGCAUCGAUUUGGGCAAAGAAGCCAUACGUCGAUUCCAGCAGAAUUGCCAUCUGGGGCUGGUCCUACGGAGGCUUCUUGACCUUGAAGACGUUGGAGACGGACAAUGUUGAUCAUGUCUUUUCUUACGGUGUCUCAGUCGCUCCAGUGACAAAGUGGAGACUAUACGACUCUAUCUACACGGAGAGAUACUUGAGAACCCCACAAGAGAACCCCAGUGGUUACGAAAGCGCUAGCAUCUACAACAUGACUAACUUCAAAGAUGUGAAGCGCUUCUUAGUGAUGCAUGGCUCUGGGGAUGAUAAUGUCCAUUUCCAGAACAGUCUCAGCCUCAUCGACGACUUCAACCUCGCUGGCGUGGAGAAUUUCGACUUCAUGGUAUUCCCUGACUCGGACCACCUGAUCCGUUUUCACAACGGUAAUAACGUCGUUUUUGACCGCAUCAAGAGCUGGAUCGGACGGGCAUUUGCUGGCGAAUUUGCAUAA